AUGGGCGACGACUUGAAAGCUUUCAACCGUCCGGCACCGCGCGCGGGGCCGGAUGUUCCCUACCAGAAUGCAACCGCUUCAAACCCGAUUCUGCGAGGGCCGGCGUUGGCUGUCGCCUCGACGAUAAUCACGCGAACAGCUUUCCUGAAGCGAUUGCUGUGGCGCAUGAACAGAUUCGAUAAAGUGAAGGACAUCGCUGCACUCACCGAAUACACCCCAAGGCAUGAUCCCACGGUUAUCCCUGCUGCCUCAGAAGGCGAGGUGCUCCCAAUUGCAGGCCUACCUGCUGCUGAGCCAAGACAGAAUGAACAGACAUAUUAUACCUCUGGCGAUCUGGUCAAGCUGUACGAAGAGGGCACAUUGACGCCUGUUCAGGUUGUCGAGCACCUGCUUCCGCUCAUAAGGAGAGACAUCUCGCCAAAGGGCUCAUUCUCGAUCGGCUGGGUGCAGGCUCGUGCCGAUCUGAUACUCGAAGCUGCUGAAGCAUCUACAGCAAGGUAUAAGGCUGGGAAGCCACUCAGCCCGCUUGAUGGCGUUCCCGUCACGGUGAAAGACCAGGUCGACAUAACCGGCUAUGACUUUUGGAAAGGCACCCCGAUGAACUUCAAGUCUCCGAAGGAUGGGACUGCCUGGUGUGUCCAGAAGUGGGCAGAAGCUGGCGCGAUCAUUUUGGGAAAGACGGUCAUGCAUGAGAUCGGAAUGGAUACGACGAACGUGAAUCUCACGUUCGGAACGCCACGAAACCCUCACAAUGCUGCCUACUAUACUGGUGGCAGCUCUGGAGGUUCUGCUUAUGCCGUUGCCUCAGGCGUCGUGCCCAUUGCGUUGGGCGCUGAUGGCGGUGGUAGCAUUCGACUCCCGUCAUCAUUCUGCGGAAUCUUUGGCCUGAAGCCCAGCGCUGGACGAGUGUCGGCCCGUGCUGAUACUGAUCCAUGGAACAGUGUUACAACGAUCGGUCCUCAUGCUUCGAACAUCGAUGACCUUGCGCUGGCAUAUCGGAUUAUGGCCCAGCCUGACCCGCAUUCGCGUGCCAAUUACGCCUUUCCAUCGCCUCUCAUCGAUGGUAGCAAGAUCUCUCGAGACGGGCCGAAGUACCUGGGCAUUAUGCGUGAAUGGAUUGACCGUGCAGACCAAGACGUUGCAGAUCUGUUCCGGCGGGCCGUAGACUAUCUUGUGAAAGCCCAUGAGUAUGAAGUUAUCGACAUCAAGAUCCCAUUGCUCCCAGAAGCACAGAAAGCUCACGCCUUGACGAUUACCAACGAGACCCGGGCUGAUCUUACGGACGCCCAGGUAUCAAAGCUCACCUAUCACAAUCAGCUCCUCCUAGGAACGCUGACCGGUUGUGCUACGGCUCGUGACUUCCUCGCUUGCCAGCGAAUGCGGUCGCUGCAAAUGUCGCACCUGGCAUCGCUCUGGGAACAGUAUCCUGGCAUGCUAGUGCUGACGCCGACGUGCCCGUUCGCGGGCUGGAAGAUUGUCUCCGAGAGCGAUCUAUCAGGCGCCGGAGCCUUUGACGGUGACACAAGCUUGAGGAGCAUGGAAUAUGUCUUCCUAUCAAACUUUACUGGCACGCCGUCGAUCUCGGUACCCAUGGGUUAUGUAGAGGAGGUCCUUCCGGCUGGUCUUAUGGCCAUGGCAGAAUGGGGCAAUGAGGAGCAACUGCUGUCUUUCGGCCGUGAAGCAGCUGGUGUCCUCGGCGAGGAGGGGCUUCGACGGCCUUCAGACCCUGAAAGAUGGGCGGACGUUCUCGCGAUUGGAAUCAAAGACCACGCUUGA